GUGGAGGCGGGAAAAGAUCAGAUGAAAAUUGACAAGUAUGAUACUUUCCCCAUGGUACGACAGGUCUGAAAUAAUCUUCAAUCCUCAAACAAAAGUAGGGGAUCAUCAAUACUCGUGCCCAACAGACCUGCAAGAACUUCACUCCAAAUAAUCUAUUAAGAAUCCGAAUUCUCAAUCUGACAUCUAACGCAAGCAUAUGAUUUUGCAAAAGACCUAAUUGAGUAUCUGACAAGACUUUCCCUAUUUUCAUUUCCCUGCCCAUGCAGAAAGAGGUUUGUCAACUUGGAGAAAUUUCCAAGCACAAGAUCCAGUAAAAAGGAAGUCAGCUCAUGUUCCUCGUGAGGGAUUUGCAUAUACAUAUAUGCUGUGGCCAAAAUACAUACAAGCCCCACAGCUGCAUCAACGACGCAUAACGACGCAUUAACGACGCCAGGGAGCUUUCUACCACCACAGCGUCGUAGAUAUAAUAUUGCGAUAUAUCCAAUAUAUCAAGGAUUUUGGCCAAAAGAAGGGUCUUGCUGCCGUCAGCUAAUGUCAGUAUUCUUCCGAAGACGACGUCGGCGCCUCAACCGUGACCGUUGGUUUGCCAGAACUUUACGAAUUGAAGUCUACCGGAAUCGCUGCAGUCAUUCCCCGUUCUCCCCGAGUCGUUGAACAUCUUACCGUCGACUCAUCCAUGAACAAUUAUCAGCUCAGAGGCCAAGAAGAUACUAUCAUCGACGUAUUUUUGUCAUAUUUCAUAUUGAGCUGAAAUCGCUGCAACUUGCUGCAAUCGAUUCGCAAAUUAUUCCAGAUCCCAAUCCCACUCCCAACCCAAUCCAAUUCUAUCGAGGUGGGUUGAAUAUUGUCUUCGGGCACUCGGUACUCAUCUUCAUGCCUUCAUCAAUUGGUUCAGCAAAGAUGUUCCAUACAUGUAAGUAUACUUUCAGAAGGAGGACAUCCGAAUUACCGAGUGGAGUAACAGAGAUUCCAUGCUGAUCAUUGUUCCAACGUUGUAUUAGUUCAAGGACUGGCGCCACCCCGCCAAACUUUAAGCUCCGAACAAACAACUCAAGACACACCCAAACCGACAACGAAUGGAGUGACGAAGAGAAUUACAACACCACAUGCAUGUGCAGAAUGUAAACGUCGUAAAAUUCGAUGCGAUGGACGACAGCCUUGUGGGCAAUGUGUUGGAUGUCGAUCGCCCAAACCAUGUUAUUAUGAUAAACAUAGGCAGAGGGUAAUUCCCUCUCGAAAGUAUGAUGCUUCUGCAUUCCAAAUGCUGCCUUAACAUACUGAUUGAAGCAGAACCCUCGAUGCUCUCACUCAAUCCCUAGACGAAUGUCGUACCGUGUUGCGAAGACUUUAUCCGGACCGAGAAGUGCAACAAUUAUUGCCAUUAUCGCGAAAUGAACUCGUUGCCCUCAUCGAUCGGUCCCCACGAAGUGUGUUCUCAAACACUUCUCCGUCGGGCUCUAAUACAUCACCAACAUCGCAGGAAUAUAGAUCGCCUCUGAAUUCUGGUUCUGAUGAAGAUAGAAGCCUAGCAAAUCUCGAACAAAUACCAAGCCAAGAUAUAGAAUGGGACGAGGAAAGAAGAAACCGAGAUCCAAUACCCGCAGAAGCGGAUGAUGUAAAUGCUUUGUCUCUCUCAGUUGAUAGACAGUCGUCGUACUUAGGUGCGACUUCAAUCAAAGCUGCGCUUUUGGUUAUGCUUAAGGUAGCACCAAGACUUCGAUCUCUCUUAGCGCCUUCAAACAACAAGCAUAUUCCAGCAAGCAGCAACUAUCCUACACCAGGACCAGGAAAUUCUGUCAAAGAAUUACGCGCAGUCUCAUGGUCAUCCGAUGGCCAGACACUCAUUGAUGCAUAUUUUAAUAGAGUACAAAUAUUUGUACCAAUGCUUGAUGAACCCGCCUUCAGAGCCGACUUUCUGAAAGGGCGACGUCAAGAUGCACCGUGGCUCGCCUUGUUGAAUAUGGUAUUUGCAAUGGGAAGUAUUGUCGCAAAUAAAUCAGAUGACCAUAAUCAUAUCAACUACUAUAACCAGGCGAAAGACCAUUUAGGAAUUGAUUCCUUUGGCAGUGGCCAUUUGGAAACUUUACAAGCCCUAUCAUUGAUGGGAGGAUAUUAUCUUCACUAUAUCAAUCGUCCAAAUAUGGCAAAUGCUAUUUGUGGAGCUGCCUUGAGAAUGGCUUGCGCAAUGGGUUUACAUAGAGAAAGUAUACAUGAGAACAGUGAAGAGAGCAAUUUAAUGGCAGAACAAAGGCGGAGAACAUGGUGGAGUCUAUUCUGUCUUGAUACUUGGGCAUCUACAACAUUAGGCAGGCCUUCUAUGGGUCGUUGGGGCCCUACUAUUACCAUCCAGCCACCUGAAUCAUUACACAAUACUGUUUGUUCCCCGCUUCCUCUUUCAUCUGUUCAUAGCUAAUGAGCCCCAAGAAUCAAAACAUGAGUGUUAUCACCCUAACGGAGAACAUCAAAUUUUGUAAAGUCGCCACGCAAAUCCAGGAUGCCCUCGCUCAAACACCGCUUCUCCGAAGUGAUGACCUCGCGAAUCUCGACGGACAGCUCGUAGAAUGGUAUGAAAAUCUUCCUUGGAUCUUACGCUCUACAGAACCUUGUGCCGAAUCAAUGUACACCGCUCGAUGUGUCAUGAAAUGGAGGUAUCAGAAUCUUCGCAUCGUGCUUUACAGGCCCGUUCUUCUGAACCUCGCCAAUCGAGGUAACCAAGGAAUUGCAUCGAGUAAGGAAGAAACUGCCGCCAUCCGAACAUGUCGUACCAUUGCCCGAGAAACCAUCGAACAGAUAUCACGUGAAUGGAGUCCAAAUCAAAUGCUAGGAUGGAAUGGUGUGUGGUUCAUGUAUCAAGCAUCCAUGAUACCACUUGUCAGUAUAUUCUGGGAAUCAUGGAAUACGAAUCUCGUUCUAGAUUGGCAAUCACAGAUCGAGCUUGUGCUUGAAGCUUUUGAUGGCAUGGCUGAUUGGUCGUUGGCUGCAAGACGAAGUAGGGAAGUCGUGAGCAAGAUGUAUGAAGCUAGCAAACGACCCUUAACGAGACAUCCAAGUCCGGGGCUCACCCAGAUUUCAGAUGAUAUGAAUCGGAUGGGUGGUAUAGAUGGGAGGCAUUACAUGGAUAGUGAGAUGUUGCAGCAGGUUGAGAUUAUGGGUGAAGAACAAUUAAUGAUGCUUGAUAAUGGGGGAAUAUGGGAUUUGGAUGGCAUGUUAUGGGGAAACUUGCCAGAUGGCUUGGAUAUGCCAUAUGAUGGCUUACCCAUGCAAUACGAUGAUUCUGCGAUGGGUCAAUUCGGAACGCCAUAUAUUAUUCAUCAAUGAGUGAUGAAUAUACUACGAUAUUUCCGUCUAAUAAGGAGCUGGUUUUUCUCAGCUAGGGAUGGUGUCUGGGCAUUUUAUCGAGGGCAGCGAGGAAAUAUGGUAGGCUACGGAUGGAUUCGGCAGGCCACUUUCUUGUUUGCGUAUAUGAGCUACGAAGUCACGCCUCUGUAUAUGAUAUGAUACCACUGCAACAUAUGCUAAUUUCACAACACUAUUUCAAUCCAUAUAAAAUGUGAGAUUCAACUGGAGUGAAGUUAAAUGACCUUAUACGCGCA